CGAAAGGAGGUGGAGAAAGAUGCCAUGGUGGUCCCGGUUCGCCUCUUGCCCGCCAGCCGGCUGCCUGCUCGCUCCUGCCCGCGCCUGAGACCCUCCUGGCAGCUGCCUCGGUAGCAGCGUCGGAGGCAGCCCCCCACCCACCCUCUGUCUCGGGCUAGGAUUCGGGGGUCCCCAACCUCCGGGGCUGGAUGGCCGGGCGGCGGCCGCGCUAUGAUGCUGGCCGUGGUGCUGGUGCUGAUGGUGUGGCUGAGCUCGGCUUGCGCUUUGCAGCCCCGCGACGCCGCCGGUCCCGCCGGCUCUCGCCGGGCAUCCCCCGCUCCCCGCUGGCCUCGUCGGCCCGAAGGCAGCGGCGAGAACGACCUGGCAGCUUGGAUGCCCAACGCCACUCGGGAGCCUCCGGCCGCCUCGCCCAAGCCAAACACUGACAGCGCGCCCGGCCCGGCCCCGACUCUCACCUGGCCGUCUCCGGCUCCUUCCUCGCCCCCUCCGGCUUCCGCCUCGCCUGCCCCGCCGGAGGACACCCCCGGCCCCCCAAUUGAUGGGCCUCCUUCGCCGGCAGAGGAGGAAGAAAGGGAAGAGGAGGAAGACGCGCCGGUCCACAGCGGAGCAGAUGUCUUCUGUAACUGCAGUUCCGUCGGAAGCACGAGUGCGGGUGAGUGCAACGCCACCGGUCACUGUCAGUGCCACCCAGGUUACACGGGGCCCUCGUGCGACCGAUGCGAAGAUGGCUACUAUCUCGGUCAACCUCCCCAGCGUUGCCUUCCUUGCAAGUGCCAUCCCGAGGACUCCAUCUCUUCGUCCUGCGACAAUCUUGGGAGGUGCCAGUGCCAAGCUGGAGCCACGGGGAUCAAAUGCGCCCAGUGCCAGGAAGGGUUCUCCAAGUUCAACGGGUCCACCUGUCGGCCAUGCCAAUGCAACAAUCAUUCUUUGCAGUGUGAUCCUUUGACAGGCGCUUGCCUUAAUUGUCAUGGAAACACCGAAGGCACGCACUGUGAGAAUUGCAAAGGGCAAUUUUACCGCAACCCCUCCGAGCUUCACGAGUGUCUCCGCUGCCCUUGCUCCACGGAAUUUUCCAGCGGCAGCUGUCAGAUAAAGCCUGGUCAGCAAACCGUGAGCUGUGAUGAGUGCCGCCCUGGCUACAUCGGCCCUCUCUGUAACGAAUGCGACAAGGGCUACUACAGCUCGGACAGCAUCUGCCUGAAAUGCCAAUGCAACGGAAACGUGGACCCGACCGUUUCCCCGAUGGUCUGCAAAGCGGAUACGGGCGAAUGUAUCGGUUGCCUCUACCACACCGCCGGAGUUCAUUGCGAGAAGUGCCAAGAAGGAUACGCCAAGCGUUUGGAAGGAGCGAACUGCACCAAGGAAGAAUAUACUCCGCCCCCAAGGCUCAUCCCUACAGCUCCAAACAUGUCAACUAUCUCGCCUACCAUGGUCUUCAACGCCACAUUGGUGCAUCCGACGGUACAGGCGGCUUUCCCAAGUCCGUCUUCCGAGAACAGCACGUCGACGUUGGCCGACGUCUCCUGGGCCCAGUUCAACAUCAUCAUCCUGACAGUCAUCAUCAUUCUGGUCAUUCUGCUGAUGGGUUUUGUAGGCGCCGUCUACAUGUACCGCGAAUACCAGAACCGGAAGCUGAACGCCCCGUUUUGGACCAUCGAACUGAAGGAGGACAACAUCAGCUUCAGCAGCUACCAUGACAGCAUCCCCAAUGCGGACAUCUCCGGCUUGUUAGAAGACGACGCCAACGAAGUGGCGCCCAAUGGACAGUUGACGUUGGCCACGCCGAUGCAUAACUACAAAGCAUGACGAAUCCGGGCAGGAAUGGAUUGCAAAUUUCUUUUUCUUUUUUUUUGUUUUUAAAACUUGGAAUGAAUCAGCGCCAGGUCGCUUUGGGUGAAGAUUGCAUGGUUCCUGUGUUUCAAGCCAGAAGGAACUACCAUAUAUUUUGGAGUAUAAGAUGCACCUUUUUUCCCCAAAAAAGAGGGUGAAAAUCUGGGUGCAUAGCCCCACCCAGCUUCUCAAAUGGAGGUUUUGGAAGCUAAAGGAAGCCCCCAAACAGAGCUUCAGAAAAGAAGCCUCCAAACAGCUUCAGAAAAGAAACCUGCAAACAGAGCUUCAGAAAAGAAGCCUCCAAACAGAGCUUCAGAAAAGAAGCCCCCAAACAGAGCUUCAGAAAAAAAGCCCCCAAACAGAGCUUCAGAAAAAAAGCCCCCAAACAGAGCUUCAGAGGCUUUUCUUCUGAAGCUGUUUCGGAGGCUUUCAGAGGCAUAAAAAAACGUUUUUUCUGAAACAGAGUUUCAGAAGUUUCAGAGGCUGAAAAAAAACCAAGGCACAGAGCUUACGACCAAGGAACCUGUUGCUAAAAUUCACCUCUGUGAACAGCUGAUUGGGGGUAUUCGGGGAGGCCGAUCCACCUGCCAAUCAGCUUUUUUCUUAUUUUCCUCCCCAAAAACUAAGGUGCGUCUUAUACUCCGAAAAAUACGGUAGGUAUUUUCUUUUUCUUGGGUUGGCCAAGCUUCUUGUACAUUGUCCAACAAGGCGAGAGUCGGACGAUGACAGAGGCGAGUCAUAUGAAAGUUACUGGAUUGGAUUCAGCUCGGCCUUUCUAAUGCUACAGUGGGUAUUCGCCUGUAUUUUUUUAAAAAGAAGCAGCUGCUUGAAUAUAUAUAUUUUUGUACGGAACCCUCGGAGAAGUCACUCAGAAAUCAUCUCACAGCCACUCAAAAAACUCAGGCGGACACUGGGAAAGGAAUUUUUUUAAGCGCUUGUUGGAAAGGUUGACCAGUGGCAAAGUUCGGAAAAGAAGAAUCCAAAAUGUUUCUCGGUCCGAGUUUUGCUAUUUAAAAAAACAAAAACAAAAACGAUGGACGGAUCCAGACAGAAUGACGGUGACCAAAGUUUUGCAUAAACUCCCUUCGUUCUCCUCUCUUUAUUUUUUUGAGAAAGGGACCGAGGCGUCCUCUUUCCAUUCUUUUGUGAAUAGUUUCCUCCUAAGCAAGUAAUGUUAUUUAAAAGUUAAACGUGGCUUUUAAGCGUCUCUAUUUUGCUUCGACCUGGAUUCCUUUUCCAGAUAGGAAGCGUGAAAGAAUGCUCCAACACUGGAAGUUUUUAAGAAGCGGUUGGAUAACCAUUGGUCUGAAGUGGUGCAGGGUUUCCUGCCUGAGCAGGGGGUUGGACUAGAAGACCUCCAAGGUCCCUUCCAACUCUCUUAUUCUGUAUUCUAUAAAGAUGUGGUCAAGAAUUUUUACGGAACCGUAUUUGGAGCAGAAACAAUGUGUAUACAGAAGGUGAACAGAGAUUCCUUUGGCUGCGUUUGUAACUAUUUGUACAAAAGAAAAAAAAUCAGGUGUUGAAUUUUAA